CGUGGCGUGACAGUAGCAGGUCUGUUGAACUCUGGAGGACUCCCGCUUGCGCACGGGAAGCGCGAGCGGCCUCGGCGGCAGGCGCGGAGACUCCGGGCUGACUGCGUGUCUGUGUCCCCGCAGGGCAUGGAGAGGACCGCGGCCGCGGAGCCGCUGGGUGCGGACGCGCUGCGGCGCUUCCAAGGGCUGCUGCUGGACCGGCGCGGCCGGCUGCACGGCCAGGUGCUGCGCCUGCGCGAGGUGGCCCGGCGCCUGGAGCGCCUCCGCCGGCGCUCCCUGGCGGCCAACGUGGCGGGCAGCUCGCUCAGCGCCGCGGGCGCCGUGGCCGCCAUCGUGGGACUCUCGCUCAGCCCGGUCACCCUGGGGGCCUCGCUGUUGGCGUCGGCCGUGGGGCUGGGGGUGGCCACAGCCGGCGGGGCUGUCACCAUCACGUCCGACCUCUCCCUGAUCUUUUGCAACUCGCGGGAGCUGCGGAGGGUGCAGGAGAUCGCGGCCACCUGCCAGGACCAGAUGCGCGAGAUCCUGCGCGGCCUGGAGUUCCUCUGCCGCUGGCAGGGCUGCGGGGACCGCCAGCUGCUGCAGUGCGGGAGGAACGCUUCCAUCGCCCUGUACAACUCUGUCUACUUCAUCGUCUUCUUCGGCUCACGUGGCUUCCUCAUCCCCAGGCGGGCCGAGGGUGCCACCAAGGUUAGCCAGGCCGUGCUGAAGGCCAAGAUUCAGAAACUGGCCGAGAGCCUGGAGUCCUGCACGGGGGCUCUGGACGAACUCAGUGAGCAGCUGGAGUCCCGGGUCCAGCUCUGCACCAAGUCCGGCCGUGGCCACGACCUCAGGAUCUCUGCUGACCAGCCCGCAGGGCUGUUUUUCUGAGAACACCCUUUGCCCCCAAUGACCGAGGCCAGAAACCAUCCCCAUGGGAUGCUCCCGAUUUGCAGCUCUCUCAGGAAAACACCAAGUCGGGUUAGGAGCUGAAUGCAAAGGAUGAGAAAAACUGUUCUUGACGUGGGUGGGUCCCCACAGCCCUUUUUCUCCCGUUGUUGUGACAUCCUGCCUGGGCUUGAGUGCUGGGGACUUUUCACUUGUGUCAUCCUAGUGGAGUAUGUGACCUGAAAACUCUUUUUCUUUUAUCAAAACCUUUCUGUCCCCACACAGCUGAGCACUUCCGUUUUAAAGUUAUUUAGGUGUCCCCACCUCUGCCCUCCUGUUUUGAGCUGAAGCUGGAGAGGGUGCCACCCUCUGGCUACUCUCCAAGUUCCACUAGGCUUUGAAGUCCUCAAAAUGCCUGUGAGAGGAGACACUGAUUUAAAAUCUGUCUUCCAGAGUUUCUGAUACAAAGUACUCCAGAAUCCAGAGCAAAUCAGACCCCCUCUGAACUCCGUAGGGGGUUCAGGACCCAGAGGAGGCUGUGCUGAUAUGCCGUCCCUGUCCUUUCAGCAUACUCACUCAGCUCCAGCCUGGGUAUGAGUGGCCCUUUCCUGGGUGGCUUCCUGUCCAGGCUCCAGGGACUCUGAGAGAGAAGCCAACCAACCAGUCACCUAAGUCCUGCCCCCGUCGCUUGAAGAAGCUGAGGCCAAGAAAGAGGAAGUGAUUAACAGCUUCGUUUACUGACCAAGACCUUGGGGAGAGAAGAGAGCAGUGGGUUUUGAGUUUAGACAGUCCUGGGUUUAUCAUAGGUUUUGUCACCACUCUGUGAGCUUGGCCACCUAUCUCUCUGACCUUCUGUAAAACAGAGAUGAUUAAAAACCUCACCCUGUUGUGAGGUGCUAAGUGAAACAAAGUGCCUAGCACGGCGUGUGGCCCACAAAACGUGGUCCCUGAAUUGUCAAAUUGGCAUCAUGCAGGAGCUUGUUAGAAAGGCAAAUUCUUGGACUCGACCUCUGAUUUAUGGAAACAGAAACUGUGGAUGUUGGGCCCAGCAACGUGAGUUUAAACAAGUUCUCUGAGUGAUUCUGAUGCACAUUAAGGUUGGAAAAUCACUGCCACAAAACGUUAAUUUCUGGUCCCCUCAGUGAGCCUUCACAAAGUCUCACAGCUUCUCUAGGGACUCCAUGGUCUUCUGAGUCAUUCACAGAAGGUCAGGGACAGGCUGUGUCCCAGAAGCCAAAGAAAGAAAGAACGUGUGUGUGUGUGUGUGUGUGUG